AGCCGCCACCCCGCAGGAACCUUCUUUUGGAAUCCCUUCUUCUCCGCCGAUAGGUGUGGCCGAUGAACCCUGACCGAAAGGGAGCCGUAAGCCUCGGUCCCGCUAGUCCAUCGAUCGCCUCUCUGCCAUCGUCACCGUUUCCUCUCCUCCGUAAGCCGUCGUCGUUGAUCGCCACUGCAGCCACCUACCGCCUCGGCCGUCGUCUGGCGCCACACAGUCACUUGUCCGACCGUUGGUCCUCUGGCAAGAUCUUUGGAGUAGAUAGGCAUCAACCAUACUGAAUAUAUCAGUCUUCAUUUGAUAAGAGUGACCAUGAAGUACCUGGAAUACACUCCUCUUGAUCGUAUAAAUGAUUUUUUAAGUCAUUUAAGUCUUGGGGAGCGUACCAUCAAAGGAUGUCUUGAAGCUUAUUCUUGCAAACAUACGGGAACUGACAAGAAGUUGUCUCUUAGCUUGGAGCAUGAGAUCCUUGAUUAUCUCGGGAAGUCUUCUGACACUGAAUCGUCAUCACCAGCUGAAUAUUUGUGUAGCAGAUCAAGCCGAAAGACAUUGACUUACCUGGUUCUUACUCUUUAUCACAUGUAUCCCGAUUAUGAUUUCAGUGCAGUGAGAGCUCACCAGUUUUUCAUGGAGGAAAGCUGGGACAGUUUCAAGCAAAUUUUUGAUGCUUACAUGUUUGAAAUAUCAAAGGAAUGGGUUGAGGCAAAUGAAGGCAAUUCCCUACUUGAUACCUUGUACAAGGCUCUAGAUGAGGUUGUGAAGCUAGCAGAAUGUGAAAUUUACAGUUAUAAUCCUGACUCUGACGGAGAUCCAUUCCUGGAAAGAGGAGCCAUAUGGUCGUUCUCUUUCUUCUUCUAUAAUAGAAAGCUCAAGCGAGUUGUGAGCUUCCGUUUCAGCUGUUUGAGCAAUUUGGCGAACGAAAAUUUUCUCACGGAGGGAUUGUAUUACGAGGAGGAAGACGGGGAGAUAUUUGAUGACAUGGACAUUUGAGUCAGGAUCCAGAUUCAUUCCGACUGUAUAUGAUGUUAAUGUGAUGUUAAUAUCAUUUCAUCUGUAGUAGUUGUGCAACUGACGUGUGUGUGUGCCCUUGCGUUUGGUAGAGUAAGGGUUGCAAUAUCGAUCUUGUAGUUGUUAAAUGCUUCCUGUAUAAUAAUGAAGUAGUUACCUGCCCCCAAUAAUGCCUGCCAAGUGCCAAGUGCCAAGUGCCAGGCAGAGGCAGCUGUUUAGCAUUUGUAAAACUGAAAUGCAUGUUCUUCUGUACAUAUUUUUGCUGCCUGAAGCUGCUAGCUUAGGUAGACUUUAGUAGCAGUAGUAGUUGCUAGUGGUAGAAAAAUAAGUAGGAUUCUGACUGAAAGUAAAGAAUUGUACAAUUAGUGUGUUGAAUGAGAAGCUAAUUUCAUUGUCA